CCUCUCUGUGGUCGAUCGAUGGAAAGCUAGCUAGCUAGCGCGGCCGGCAGUGCCAGCGGGUCGAGAGCUACCGGACACGCGCGGCCCCUCGGGCUCACCGAUAAGCCCCCGCCUUCUUCAUCUCCGCGUUGGAAGCCUCCCUCCCCCCCUUCUGUCCGUCUCUACCCCGCUUUAGUCGUCGUUUUCCAAGGCCUAGAGAUCGAGGCCGGCGAGUCAAGGGAAGCUCGCCCCGUUCGCGCAUGCGUGCCCGGAGGUGGCGACAAGGAUCCGACGCACAAGAUAUUGACAGACGGCAGCAAUGGCGGCAUCAAACGCCAGCGUGGUGUUCCUGGCCCUCAUCAUCGUCCUCGUCGUGGUCAUCUUCAUCCUGCUCGGCAUCUGCUGGAAGUUCCUCGGGCCGGCCAUCCUGAGGAGACUGUUAAGGCCAAGGAGAGCACCUUCAGACGUGCCCGAGUACUUCAGCGGCAACAUGAGCGGCAACCUGCGCACCAUCACCUACUUCGACUACGCCACGCUGAAGAAGGCCACCAGGGAUUUCCACCAGAAGAACCAGCUCGGCAGAGGCGGCUUCGGCCCUGUCUACCUCGGGAAGCUGGAGGACGGGAGGAAAGUGGCAGUGAAGCAGCUGAGCGUGGGCAAGUCCGGGCAAGGGGAGUCGGAGUUCUUCGUGGAGGUGAACAUGAUCACCAGCAUCCAGCACAAGAACCUGGUCCGCCUGGUCGGCUGCUGCUCCGAGGGCACGCAGCGGCUCCUCGUCUACGAGUACAUGAAGAACAAGAGCCUCGACAAGAUCCUGUUUGCAGGCGCCGGGGCUGCGGAUGGCGGGGGUUUGCCGUUCCUGGGGUGGCGACGGCGGCAGCAGAUCAUCGUGGGCAUCGCGCGCGGGCUGCAGUACUUGCACGAGGAGUCCAACCUCCGGAUCGUGCACCGGGACAUCAAGGCCAGCAACAUCCUCCUCGACGACAAGUUCCAGCCCAAGAUAAGCGACUUCGGCCUCGCCCGGUUCUUCCCCGAAGACCAGACCUACCUCAGCACCGCCUUCGCCGGCACCCUGGGGUACACGGCGCCGGAGUACGCCAUCAGAGGGGAGUUGACGGUGAAAGCCGACACGUACAGCUUCGGCGUGCUGGUGCUAGAGAUCCUCAGCGGCAGGAAGAACACCGACCUCUCGCUCCCCAACGAGAUGCAAUACCUGCCUGAACACGCGUGGAGGCUGUACGAGGAGUCGAGGGUCCCGGAGCUGGUGGACGGGAGAGUGCAGGCAGGGGAAGGGUUCGAGGCGGCGGAGGCGAUGCAGGUGUGCCAGAUCGCGCUGCUGUGCGUGCAGCCGCACCCGAGCCAGAGGCCGGCCAUGUCGGAGGCCGUGCGGAUGCUCACCAUGAAGACCGACCAGUCCAUCCCGCCGCCGCUCAAGCCGGCAUUCCUCGACAGGAAGAACCUCAAGCAGGAAGGCGGGGACGGCGCCGACAUGACCGCGUUAGAGAUGAGGUCGCCCACCUCGUACUGGAUGAUGACGCCCUCGCCCAUGGUCGACCGCCCCUACGACAUGAGCUUCGGAAAAUGAUCCAUGGACAUGGACCCCGUGGCAUUUUGCUGAUGCAGCAUGGAUAAUGGGAUGCCCAACUGGCAUUUUUGCGAAGAUUUGUUUUGUUUACUUUCCUUGGCUUUUCUUGUACAGCAUAGAUAUACACAUGGACAUUUUUUAGACGAGACUGUCCACUUAAGUACUCAGUAAAGUGUGCUAGAUUUCUGGAAUAAAAUAGUGUGCGGAGUAAUUGUUUUGCUA